GAGACACUAGGUGUUGUAGUUUUACUGACUCUAACUCAGACAUGGAGCACUCAGUCACAAGAAUGCAAUAUAAAUGCAAUAUCCUCUCCUUCGGCAUCAUCGCUGUUGGUUCAAUGGAACAGACUACCGGGUGUAACAAAUUAUUUCUUGGACCUUCGGGUUGUGAACGACACAAACACAGCUCCGGUUGUAACGUCGGUCCCCGGGAGUCUGUCGAUGAAAGAGGUGUUUGGUUUGAAGACGGGGACGCUGUACACGGUCACAAUUAAAGGGUUUAUGUAUUAUACUGUUUUGUGUGUUGAUACAAAAAUAGCAAGAACAGCACCGGGUACAUCUCAGAUAACCUAUUCAAAGUCAAUAUCAAGUACAGCCAUCUGGCUAGAAUGGGAGUGGGUGCAAACAGCGCUGCAAUACAUUUUGAUGGUAAAUUCAACGUUGACAGGGGAACGGUACAACUUCACUUAUGCAAAUAAUAGCACACUGGUUGGAAAUCUUCGACCGGCGACUAUGUAUGACUGUUAUGUGGUCACAUCCAAUGCUGGAGGUCUUGGAGCAAAAAGCAAAGUACGGACCGUCACCACACUGAUCCAGCCUCCAGCGGCGGUCACAGUGCUACAGACGGGCCCCCAGUCUGCCCGCAUCAGCUGGCAACCUGUGGACAAGGUUCUAGUCUACCAAAUUACCAUCAAAAACUGGAAUUCCCCAAACACUACACUGUAUUCAAACACUGUGUUCAACAACUCACUGGAUAUGACGAAUAUGUCACCUUGCUCUUCAUACCUAAUCUCAGUGUCUUCAAUUAAUGCCCUCCUGGAAGUUGGAGAACCCAAGCAGAUCAACUAUACAACAAGCACUUUGGGUCCAGUGACGUCAGUCUCGGUGGACUACAGCUGUGCUACAUAUUCAGCUUCAGUCACCUGGACAACUGUGUUUGGGGCCACUUCUUACCGUGCCACUGCUGUAAGUCGCAGUGGUACAGUUCUGUCCUGCACAUCAAACACUACAAUGUGCCAACUUGUAAAUCUAGCAUGUGGGGAAAACUACAUUGUACACGUCACCGCACAAUCAAACAACUGUGAAAGCACUGGCAAUGCCACCACAUCCUUCCAAACAGUUCCCUGUGCGCCCUCCAAUCUGAUGCUGUAUCGGGAGUGCAGCAGCAAUGUCAUCAUCUUUUCUUGGGCUCCAAAUAAUUACUCUGCUUACUACUUUGCGAGGGCUGUUGACUCGGUUGGAAAGGUCAUGGAAUGUAUGACUACAGACACAUCGUGCUUCUUUACCGACACCACAUGUGGACGCCUUUACAACUUCACCGUCUCGGGUUCUUCAUCUUCAGUUAAACAGCAGUGCAACUCUGCAUCCAGUUCAGCAAUUCAAAUACGAACUGCACCCUGCCCACCAAGGAACAUGCGCACUUCUUCGAACUGUCAGACAGAUGUUUUAACCAGCAGCUGGGAAGGUGCGGAUGGAGCCCUACGGUACACAGUGGAGGCCUUUGGAAACCGUGGAAAUCAGAGCUACUAUACGUGUAGCUCAUUGAAGCAGAGCUGCACGAUCACUGGCAUAAACUGUGGGGAAAGUCUUACCAUGAUAAUCACUGCUGCUGAUAAUGAGUGCUCCAGUGUUCUGUCUCUUGGGGAAGUAGGUCAGACUGCUCCCUGCAAACCUCAAAGUCUGUCAGCAGUGGUGGACUGUGGCUCAGAUUCUAUCUCUCUGACAUGGGAGGCCUCAUUAGGUUCUGUAUUCUACAUGGCCACUGCAGUGGAUCGGUUUGGAACUUCUUACACUUGUAGCUCAAUGGAUGUACGUUGCCAGAUCACUGGGCUGAGCUGUGAAUCAAAUUAUACCGCUUCUGUCAUGGCAUCCGAUAUCAGAUGCAACAGUUCUGUCAGUGACAACAUCACUGUGCAAACAGGUCCCUGUCCCCCACAGGGUGUUCAAGCUGUGCUGGACUGUCAACAAAACCAAGCACUGGUGAGCUGGAAGGGAUCUCCAAGUGUGAUUUCCUUCACUGCCACUAUGGAGGAUGAGGCCGGCGGGUUACUCAGCUGCAGCACCACAGCCAGCAGCUGCCGGAUCCCCAACCUGAAGUGUGGACAAGUUUAUGGCAUUAGUGUUCUUCACCAUGAUGGAAUUUGUCCCAGUAUGACUUCCCGUGCCAUGCAAAUGAGGUCUGGUCUUUGA